AUGCCCGAGUUCAAGGAGGCGAAGGGAUUCAUCGACGAGAUACUGGCCAUCAGGGAGAAAGUCCACUACAUUUUCGGCAAUAAAUCCCUCAAAGACUACCGACACUUCUUCGCCAAGCCGAACUUCUCACGGCCCAACUUCGAGCUGGUGGCCGAUAUCCUCUACUGGCUGGCGCAGAAGUACGACCCGCAGAGCGAUAUCUCCGAUGACAUCAACGAGGAGAAGGAUAGGGUCGAGUUCAUGAGGACCGUCGUCAACCUCUUCGCAGUCAAGGCUCGCAUCAAACUCAACGCCAAGAAACUCUACCAGGCAGACUCAGAAGCAGUUGCAGAAAUACUCAAAAUCACCUCAGUCCUCUACAAGAUCUGCGAGCUGGGAGCCAGACUGUACGACGCAGUGGCUCGCGAGCCGGACCUCCGCAAGGUGAGACUGCAGGCCCUGGAGUUCCUCGACGGUAUGAACGGAGUCAGUGACGGCAACGACCAGGCCUACAUCGAGUCCUGCAUCAAGACCAUCAUCCAACAGCAGGACGAAAACACCAGGGAAAUGACCAAGUACGUCGCCAACAUGGAGCACGAACAGAGGCAACUCGAGGAGAAACUGAAGAAGAAGUCCGCAGAAUUGGAACGCAGCGAAAAAAGAUACAGAAAUCUGGUCACAGUCAAGCCUGCCUUCAUGGAAGAGUACGAGAGAUUGGAACAGGAACUUGCCUCCCUGCAGGAAACCUACGUGAACAAGUACCGCAACCUGGACUACCUGUAG